AGCAAGCGGGGCGGGUUGGAACUUGCCUCCCAAAAGCACCGCCGUCGUUACCGGUGGAACAAAAGGGAUCGGAAAGGUAAGCGCCAUUCUGCAUCGUGCCGGACCCUAGCUGAGUCGCCGGAUCCAGAACACGCCGCCGUGGGCGCGGCCUUCGCAACAAUCACUUUGCCAACAAUCGCCGUCGUCUAACCUUUGUUCCAGGCCGUCGUCGAGGAGUUGGCCGAAAAGGGGUGCAGAUUGUUGAUUUGCAGCAGAAAACAGGAGGAUCUGGAUCGGGUCACAAAGCAAUGGAACGAAGAGGACGGUUUCGACGUGACGGGGGUCUGCGCCGACGUGUCGACCUCGGAAGGCCUGGAGUCUCUGUUUUCCGACAUCGUGAACUGGCUCGGCGACGACCAGCGCCUGGACAUACUCGUUAACAACGUGGGAAUGAACAUCAGAAAGCCAUCCGUAGAAUACACCAAGGAGGAUACGCAAACCGUGUGGAGGACCAAUUUCGAUUCCAUGUUCGAUCUCACUAUGAUGUGCCACCCGCUCCUGAAACGAAAUCCCGGAGAACGGUCCAGCUCUGUGAUCAACAUCGGGUCGGUUGCGGGUGUGACGUGCAUGAAAUCGGGGACACCCUACGCAUCUACCAAGGCAGCGAUGAACCAACUGACCGGAAAUCUCGCCUGCGAGUGGGGUCUCGAUGGGAUCCGUGUCAACUGUGUUGCCCCUUGGUACAUCAAUACCGAGCUAGCGAAACAGGUUCUCAAAGACGAGGCAUACCUAAAAUCGGUGGUAGAAAGGACGCCUAUGGGCCGCGUGGGAGAACCAGAAGAAGUUGCCGGAUUGGUGGCUUUCCUAUGCCUUCCAAUUUCCCAGUACAUCACUGGACAGGUCAUUUCCGUUGAUGGUGGGUUCACCAGAAAUGGAUAUUACGACAGCUUUUAUCGAUGAGAGGAGAAAACUGAAUAAAUAAAGAACCAUUAU